AUGACUUAUAACGACAUAGAUAUUCCGUUACCUGCAUUCAUAGCGAUCGACUGGACUGGCAUGACGAUUGCCCUUGUUCCGAUAAUUCUUCGUUUUUGGUUACGACCCAGAGAAUCAAAGCCGCGAACAGUAACGCUCAACCUCUCUGACGGCCUCGUGCUGCUCUCGUGGCUCUCUGGCAUGGUAUUAAUUAGCAUCAACACUUGGAAGAAUAAUCUCCGGCAGCAGUAUAUCCAUCUUCCGCCCGAUGAGCUCUAUUACGGGGUUCCAAAAGAGUUAUCCGCCCACCUCCUCUACGUCUCCUGGAUCUCUCUAUUCUUCAUUUACAUCUCCCUGUGGGCCGCCAAGUUUUCUCUCCUCGCAUUCUUCGCCGAUCUGCUGCGUCUAACCGAGAAUCGAGCUGCCCGCAUCAUGCUUAUCUGCGCAAGCGUAUUUGCCAGUUGCACCUUCGUGCUGCACAUGGUGCUGUUAUCAGCGUGGUGUUCGCCUGUUAGCGGGAAUUGGAACAUCGACGGGCAUCUAUGUUCUGCAGUCCACGAUAUUAGAUCCGUGUCUAUAUCCACGGCCUCGAAUAUCUUCACGGACCUUAUCGUCCUUACCAUCCCUGUCUUUGCACUGUGUACUAUGGGCCGGGAGCGCCGAGAGAUAACCAAGACACGGAUAGGAAAAGCAGAAAUAAGCGGGAUAGUAUUCGUGCUAUGCAUGGCAGCGUUGAGCAUCGUAGCGGCACUGGCGCGAUGGAUAACGCUGAUGCUGGUUCGGAAUGCACCCAAAGCCGACAUCACUCACACCAUUGAUGUAUGGGCGUUGGUGGAAAUAGUGGCCAGUCUGGUGGCUGUCUGCCUGCCAAGCUUGCGGUCAUUCCUCAGGAAACGAAGACGGCGUUUCCAACAAAUUAAAUAA